AUGAGGCCUGAGAACCAGAGCUGCAUGUCUGAGUUUCUCCUCCUGGGGCUCCCCAUCCAGUCAGAGCAGAAGGGUGUGUUGUUUGCUCUGUUCCUGGCCAUGUACCUGACCACCGUGCUGGGGAACCUGCUCAUUAUUCUGCUCAUCAGGCUGGACUCUCACCUCCACACCCCCAUGUACUUCUUCCUCAGCCACUUGGAUUUCACUGACAUCUCUUUCUCAUCAGUCACAGCUCCAAAGAUGUUGAUGGACAUGCAGAUCCAGCACCUAUCCAUCUGUUAUAAGGGGUGCAUUUCACAAACAUAUUUUUUCAUAUUCUUUGCUGACUUGGACAGUUUCCUUAUCACUUCAAUGGCCUAUGACAGAUAAGUGGCUAUCUGUCAUCCUCUGCAUUAUACCACUAUCAUGAGUCAAAGUCUUUGUAUCAUGCUGGUAGCUGUGUGCUGGGUCAUUGCUUGUGCUUGUGCUCUUUUGCACACCCUCCUCCUCACCUGGCUUUCUUUCUGUGCUAAGUGCAUUGUCCCCUACUUCUUCUGUGACCUUGGUGUUCUGCUCAAGUUGUCCUGCUCAGAUAUGUCUCUCAACCAAUUGGUAAUCUUUACCGCAGGGUUUGCAGCCAUUAUGCUACCAUUUCUGUGCAUCCUGUUUUCUUAUGGUCAUACUGGGUUCACCCUCCUUCGGGGUCCCUCUACCAAAGGAAUCUGCAAAGCCUUGUCCACUUGUGGUUCCCACCUCUCAGUGGUGAUUCUCUAUUAUGGGACAAUUAUUGGUCUCUAUUUUCUUCCCUCACCCAGCAGUACCAAUGAUAAUAGCAUAAUUUCUUCAGUGAUGUACACAGUGCUCACUCCCAUGUUGAACCCCUUCAUUUAUAGCCUGAGAAAUAAAGACAUGAAAGGGGCCUUAAGAAGACUCUUGCAUAAGAAAACAUACUUUUCAAAUUGA